AGGCUACAGUGGAUUUUUCUCACUAUCAUGAUAAAUGAAAUUUUCAUUCAAUAAUUGCUAAAAAAAAAAAAAAAAAAAAGUUAAUUUUUCACACUUUUUCCUGACUAGACUCAUAAGUAAACAAAUAGAUGUUUAAAAUGCAUAAUAAAAUUCCACACUCCCACCUUUUAAAAUGACCCAAACUAUAACCUACAGCAUCUGUACAGGGUCAUACAGUGAAAUGGCAGAUGGAUUUUCUAACAUGGUCAACAGUGUGACUGCAUCUCUUGAAAAAGAGGAGUGUAAAACCCUACUGUACCUUUGUACAGAUUUGUUCAACAACAUCUGCGUGGAAGAUUUAAGAGGAGCUUUGUUGGCAUUUGCCAAACAGGCACAAGCUCAAGCAGGUCAAGCUCAGGCUGGUGAUGCCCUGCUGAUGGAGCUCAUGUUCCGAAUGAAGCGCUUUGAUAUCCUAAAGAAAGUUUUUGGUACCAACAGACAACAGGUAGAAGGAAUUCUGAAGAAGGGAGCUGUCCUCUCAGAUUACAGGAUUCUAAUGGCAGAUGUGAGUGAAAACCUGGGGAAUGAGGAGUUACAAUCUCUUAUAUUUCUCCUGAGCAGUACCCUGCCCAAAGAAAGACUGGCUAGAGCUACUACCUUUCUAGAUGUGGUAGUGGAGUUGGAGAAGUUUGAUGAAGUAUCAUGUGAUAAGCUAGACCUGCUUGAACAGUGUUUGAGAAACAUUAACAGAAAGGAUCUUGUCAAAAGGAUUCAGGCCUACAAGAAUAGAGGUCAGAAUGUACCAUGUGCAGUUCCUAAAGUUCAGAAAUCCUUUAAGUUCGCCCCUGUGCAACGUCAGCCUUCUGUUCAACAAGUGAAACAAACACUAUGCUUUUCUCAAGAGUUUCAAAAUUUGAAGCUUUCAGUACCUGAAACAGGGACACAACAUCGACAGGCUUUGAUGGAGCAGUAUGAAAUGAAUCCUGAGCAGAGGGGUCUGUGUGUGAUUAUUGACUGUGUUGGCUUGGAUGGAGAGAUGAUGAGUCGGACAUUUGAUUGUCUGGGUUUCAAGGUAAUUUUUCACUCUCUCUUGGGUCUAAAAGAAACCCAGAAGGUCUUGGAAGACCUGACCCGCAACAGGAUCCUUCAGGGGGUCAAUCGCUUUGUCUGCUGCAUCAUCAGCAGGGGAACGGACACUCAUCUGUUGGCUACGGACUCUAGCAGCCUUGGCAUCAGGCUGGAGGAUCUCAGGCAGCUUUUCAGCCCAACCCAGUGUCCCUCUCUUUGUGGUAAACCCAAACUCUUCUUCACCCAGAUCUACAGGACCACAGAAGUCCCAAAUACCCCCUCAAUGGAUGAUGAAUACCUUGAGACAGAUGCACCAGCAUGCCACUAUUCUAGGAGGCUAUGUUCGAAUGCAAGGACUAUUCCAGUGUCAGCAGAUGUCCUUUGGAGUGUGUGCAGAGCAGAGGCAAAGCUGCUGGAAGGGUCUGGCCACCAGUCGGUUUACCUGCAUGCAUUAAAUUCUGCCUUUCUGAAGGGAUGUCAGAGAAAGAUGCUUUUAUUGGACAUCAUGGCAGAGGUGAACAGAAACGUGUUUAGUCACAAUCAACAAAAUCCUGAGAAUGAGUACCGCCUUCAACUCUCUCACACACUACGCAAGAAACUUUACUUGUAACACUUAAUGUGUGCAUCACAACACACUACUUUGUUUUUUUUUCUCUCUUUUUCUUUUCU